AUGCCCUCACUCAUUGGCAAUGUUAACGUGGCCAUUCGCCUCACUUCCAGCAUUAUUAGCGAUGUAACAAAUUCUAGCGCAGCAACAACUCCUACCACAAAUACCGAACAUGCUGCAGCAAUCUCCAUCCCAGCAGUCGUCGGCGGUACUGCCGCGGGGAUUGCGCUUGCAGUGGCAGUGACAAUUGGAUGGAAAUGGUGGUCAUUGAUCGUCAGACAACCCAACAAAAAGUGCCGCUCGCGAAGGCAAAAUGUUCUCAGGAGACAUACUCCAAACAAACCAAACGAGGCAGGUGGCCCCUCGAGCAGUCCGGACGGUACAGACGGGAAGAAGAGUUUUGCACAUCCAUCGCCAAACACACUAGCCGCUAUAUCACCUCCCACACCUCCCUCCUUGAGCAUGGCUGCACCACCCCCAAUAAAACCCCCACGGAAUCCAGCUCGUGCUUUGCGACGUCCUUCGGGCCAAUUCAAGGAGAGUCUCGCACGUGGAAGCAGGUCAUCAUUUGCCUGGGCUUCAAACAGGUUGUCUCAUAAAUCAAGCAUCAGCACUGCUUCAAUAUAUUCUCAGGCCACCCAGACUUAUGAGGAUCACCAAGUGCGCGUGCCUGCAGCUGUCAUAACAGCAGCUUUAGGUGGCACUAGACACCUUUCAAGACUUGGUCAUAGUUCCGACCCCUACACCAUUGGUGAAGAGCAGACAGAGUUGGUAGUUCCUAGCUCAAGGCUGCAGCACGUCAAUGCAAACAUUGCCCAAUUACACCGGGUUUCAAAUAUCAGUGCCGGGUCAUUGUGCUUGCAGCAGGGGGCACAAACAACAGAUUCGAUUGGAGUAGCAUAUGGGGGUGAAGAAUCAUGA